AUGGAAAACUCCGAAGACGAAAUGAUUGAGCACACUUGCGAUGAAAAUAAUGAAGUAAAUGAGCAGAAUUUUACCGAAUCAAUAGAACCUUUGUCACCUAUUACAGAACUAGCCGAGAGAUCUAGUUAUAAUAAUAUUAAUUUAGGGACUAACCCAAAUCGACGUGCUUCUAUUGCAGUAUCACGAUUUAAUAAUAUGAUAGAUCCUAAUAUAAUAGGCUCGUGGAUAAGUAAUGGCAUUGGGUACGGUAGUCAGGUGUCUAGGACUAAAAGACGCGCUACUGUGAUAGAUCAUGAUAGUGUAAAAAGUGGUUUUGUGUCAUUACGUGCCCCUGAUGGUGUAGAUUUAUCAAUGUUUAAUGAAGAAGUUAGUGAUGUUGAUUUACCUCAGGAAUUCGAAAAAUUUUUGAAUGAAAUGAACAUACAAGGGCCUGCACGAGAGAAAAUGUUGCAGCUUUCUAUCGAUCAAAAACGAACAAUUUUACUUACACACAAACAAGCUCAAGAAAUAAAACAGCAAUCGCAAUCGCAAUAUUUUUUACAACAAAGCGAAACACUAGAACAGCUGCGACCUGAAUCUCAGACUUAUCAACAAAAGAACUUUUUAAAUGAUUACGAUACAAUGUCUGAUAUGUCUGGAAAAAUACAAAUACGUGAUUCUGAUGUAGCUUCUGCUACAAGUGCCACUAGCGAAAAUUAUAACGCAGAACAAAAGCCAAAUAAUCGGCUUUCAUUAUCUUAUUGGCUGUUUAAUACAGAGCAAAAUCGCUCUUCUUCACCACCAUUAACAAAUGUACCCGAACAGAUAAAUCCAGUUGUACAGUCGACUUCUCAAAAUCGCUCAAGUGGAUUAUUUGGUUCUUUGUUAUAUUUAUAUCCUUCAGCCGGAAAUUCAACAAAAUUACAGGAUACACCUGAUUUUUAUAUCGAAAAAUUAACACAAAAGAAUGCUGCACCUAAGUUGUUAGCAGAUACUUUAUUAUCUUUACGAAUAACCUUGUCUUCAGCAAAGUUAUCUUGGUUAAGAGAAUUUUUAGAAAAUAAAGGAUUAGUGGUGCUGGAUUCUAUCCUUGAGAAACAUACUAUUCGGGAUAAGAGGAGCACAGCUAGAAAUUCUGACCAAGACGAUCGAAUACAGUCCCAAUUUUUGACAUCUUCGUCACUAGUUGCUAGCAUUGUUUUUUGUCUUCACACUACUAAUAACAAAUUACGUUCUCAAGUGGCUGAUGUAUUGGCAGCGUUAUGUGUGCUCUCCUUGGAUGGACAUAAAUUAGUUGUUGGCUCUUUCACGGAAUUUCGUGUAGUUCAUGAGGAAAAAUUCCGAUUUCACUAUUUAGUUGAAAGUUUGAGAAGAAAUGAAGAUGAAGAUAGCACUUCUAUUGAAUAUAAAGCUGCUGGGCUAAGUUUAAUUAACGCGAUCGUGAAUUCUCCUGAUAUUAUCGAAGAACGCAUUCUUUUAAGAGAGGAAUUUGAAAGGAGAGGAAUUGAUAAUGUUUUUAAGGUUAUCAAAGAUUCUGACCCUCCUGAAUCUGUAUUAAAGCAAAUUGAGGUUUAUCAAGAGGAGCGUCAAGAAGAUUUAGAUGAACUUUAUGAGAAAGCUCAUGAAAUUGUGAGAGGUAUAAAUGACCCACUUUCAAUAGUUGCUGGAUUACUUCAACAAUUGGAAAGUGACAGAAAUUUACAUCGUCGUGUUAUUGAAACUCUUAAAAAUUUAUUAAGGAUUUCAUGUAAAAGCACCGGAGAGAGGUAUCAAAACGAGAUAUGGACUUUGCUUGAGCAAUUUAUAGAACAAAUCAUUUCUUUAAAUAAUCUAGGGCAAGAAUGGCAAAAAUUUAUGAAAGAAUAUCACUCAUCCAUACAGCAUAUUGUCGGAAAAUAUUCAUUAGUUAGUGGUAACGUAACUGACGAAGAAAUUGAUUCUUUAAGGACUCGUGUGGAAGGAUUAAUUAUUAAGAACGAAAGAAAAAUAACUGCUGAAGAAAUGGUCGUUAUGCCUACUGGUCUUAAACAACAAACACCAAAUCAGAAUUUAUCACAUAACAAUUUAGAUAAACAACAAUCUAUCCAAACAAUCCCACAAGUACCACUGCACCAAUUAGUCCCCGGUUCUCCUACUUCUCAAAUGUCAAAUAUUUCUUCUAAUCCAUCAUCAAUUUCAACUUCACCAUUAUAUUUCCCGAAACUUAUGAAUAUCUUUAGACAAUCUUCUAUUCCAGCUCCAAUACUAAACCAACAGCAUCCAUCAGAUAAUAAUUUAUCCCAUCCUACUUCUUCUAAAUCUAUACAUCAUCAACAACAUAAAAUAAACCGUAAACCACCUCCGCCACCUCCUCCAAAAAUUCCUUCCUCAUCAUUAUCAAUUGUAUCGCAAUCUAAAACUAAGAAACCACCGUUUCCCGCUGUAAAAAAUGAAACGAAUUUUACAACAGAAUUUCCACACUCACAACAAUUUACGUCUAAUAAUAAUGCUGAUUUCACAUCACAUUUAUCAAAUUCAAUUAUUGACGAUAUUGAAACAUCGUCACAACCUAUUUAUGCUACAUUAAAUAAUAUAUUAGUCUCUAAUUCGUCAUAUCAAACCAAGAAUAAUGAAAUAAUACCAGAAACACUUCAUAAUGGAAUCACAUUUGAUGUUCUUUCUCAAUCACCAUCAACUUCGACUCCAACGGAUAAUAUUGUUAUACCAUCAAUACCUUUAAUACCUAAUCUGCCAUCAAUAAAUAAAUUUGAUAUACCAUCUAUCCCUUCACUGUCAUCACCACCACCACCAUCAGUUGCUAUCUCACCACCACCUCAGACGGUUGGGAUUCCACCGCCACCGCCACCACCUCCUCCGGGAACGGUUUCUCUACAACCUUUAUUGACAGAAGAUAGUAAUUCAAUAAAUAAUGCCUCCGUUUUGUAUGAUAAUUCUCCUAUCAAAGCUAAUUUUAAUAAGCCAAAGGGACCUUUAAAACAGCUAUUUUGGAGCAAAAUUUCAAACCUUGAAGUUAAUAACACUGUUUGGAAGGAUAUUCAGGAUGAAGAUAUCCCACUUAAUACUAAUGAGUUGGAUGAAUUAUUUAGUAAAACGGUUGCUGUUACAUCUGAAAAUGGCAUAAAGGUUUCAGUUAAAGCUACAGUUACAACAUUACUGGAUUUUAAUCGUGCCAAUAACAUUGCUAUUAUGUUAGCUCGAAUUAAAAUGCCAUAUUCUGAAAUUAAAAAUGCUAUAUUAGAAUUGGAUGAUGAAAAAUUAUCGGUAGAAAAUCUUAGAUCAAUUAAACAAUAUGUGCCUAAUAGCGAAGAGAUUGAAUUAGUAAAAGAAUAUGAUGGCGAUUUAUCGACUUUGGGAAAUGCAGAAAAUUAUUUUAGGGAAAUAAUGAUCAUUCCACGUAUGUCAGAGAGAUUGAAUUGUAUGAUUUUCCGUCGGAGGUUUGAAAUUGAAGUGCAAGAAUUAUUACCUGAAAUAACCAUGUUACACGAUGCAUACGAAGACCUUAAAAAUUCACCAAAAUUUAAGAAGUUAUUAAAGACUGUAUUAGCUAUUGGCAAUUAUUUGAAUGCUAAGUCGUUUAGAGGAAAUGCAUCAGGAUUUCAAUUGGAUGCACUUCUCAAGAUGAGAGAUACAAAAGCUACAGAAAAUAACUCAAAAGGAACUGCUACUCUUUUGCAUUAUUUAGCAUUCACCAUUGAAUCGAAUCAAAAAGAACUUAUUACGUUUAUGGAUGAAUUACCACACUUGGAAGCAGCAGCAAGAGUAUCUGUUGUAACUGUAAUGUCAUCAGUGACUUCUUUAGUCACUGGUGUCUCACAGAUUAAAGAAGAAAUGCGUGUUCUUAAACGAAUAAGACUUAUUACAGUAAAUGAUAGAUUUUUGGAAGUGAUGGAUGAUUUUGUUAAACAAGUGGAAUCCACAAUUCAAAGGAUCCAGGAAACGGCCACAAAUUUGGAUAAUGAGUUAAAGCAAAUGUUAAUUUAUUAUGGAGAGGAUCCAAAAUCAAUAAAACCCGAGGACUUUUUUGGAUUAAUUGUUUCAUUCUCAUCGUCUAUCAUGAAAGCUCGUAAGGAAAAUGAAGAUGCUCGAAAGAAAACGAAUAAAAAACCAUCAGAUGCGAUUAGCAUUGCUUCAUCAAAUGAUGCGCAAGGUGAUUUUGAUGAUGCAAUUCGUGAACUUCGAUCAGGCCUUAAACGUAAUCGUGGUAGGCCUGUAUCAAAAGUUUUUUUGGAAAUUGAAGAAGAUCCCAAUUACUAA